AUGAUGCCCGUUGCGCUGACUAUGAGGACAAGUAAAGAGACUUGGCUCAACUUCAUCGUUGGAACUUCUCAUACUGUUAUCCUGGUCAAGGAGCCCAUACCCCCGCCAUUGCGCUGCGCACGCAUUGCGCAGGUUUUUGAUUCUUUCAGCUCUGCUUCUUUCUUCGCCGUCUCCAGGUCUUCCAAUUGCAUGCCACAUUCCACGGCACAGUACCAACGUGUUUACCUUCAGGGAGUAGAGAAAACAGUAGAAAUAGAGCAUAAUUGGAAGCAAUCUUCUUGGUCUGAUAUUCAGAUCUAG